AUUUUUUGGAACAAAAAACCAGAAAGAGAGAGACAGGAAAGAGACGGGAAGAAAUAAAAGCGAACCGGCCAACGAAACGCCAUUUUUCUCCUCUCUGCUUCCUGCCUCCUUCAUCUUCUUCUUCGGAUCCGAUCUUCCCUAUUUCUUGAUCACCUUUUACCUGCUCUCUACUACCUUCCUUUUUUAGGUCUGUUGUUCUCUUCUCUAAUUUAACGGUCUCUCUUCUUAUCAAUAGAAAAAUCUCUCUUUUCGAUUUGGCCGUCGGUGUUGUACCGUGUUCUCGAUUACCCGCCUCUCCGCUCCCAAUGUCUCCGGCGGUGUCCGUUUUCUUCUUCCUCCUCUCCGUCCGGCUUGUGGUGUCGUCGCCAGCAUCGGCUUCCACGACCUGCCCGACUGAAUCGGUUAUGUUGCUUUACAAUCUUCAAUCUCAAUGCCAUCCUUCGAUCUCCUCCAAUCCCCCUCUCCAGGUGGAUGGGGACUUUCUUGAGAGAGCUUUGAAGUCAGAGUGGACAAAUGGUUAUACGUCGGUGCUUUUCUAUGCUUCCUGGUGCCCCUUCUCCCGUGGCAUGCUUUCUAAAUUUGAAAUGCUUGCAGCCAUGUUCCCUGAGAUACAGCAUUUGGCCGUUGAAGAGUCUUCAGUUCUCCCAAGUGUAUUUUCUAGAUUUGGAAUCCACAGCUUGCCUUCCAUGGUGAUGGUUAACCAGACCACAAAAGUGCGAUACGGAGGGCCAAAGAAUCUUCAGUCCCUCGUGCAGUUUUAUGUCAAAGCAACAGGAUUUGAGGCAGUGCAAUGUUUGACUGAAGGUCAGGCAACAAGUUCAUCGAGCGAUGAGAAGAGCAUUAUUCUAAAGCCCUGGGAUGGGUCACGAAUGGAAGAUAUACUGAAAAGGGAGCCUUACUUGGCAUUCUCCUUCUUGUUCCUCUUCAUCCGAUUGGCGCUAUUUCUAUCUCCCAAACUCUUCUCUCACCUAAAGGCAUUCUGUACCUCCAUAAUUCCCCGACUCAACUUGGGAAUAUUCGGCGAGACAAGCAGCCAGCUGUUUGUGCGCAUCCUCCACUUGGUAGACGUGAGGCAGGUUUGGACCAAACUUAGACUGUGCAAGACCAGGAAUUUCCAUGAGGGGGCGAAGAACUGUAGGGUCUGGGCUUCAUCCUUAGCAUCGGUUUCUCUGGGGGAAUCUUCAUCUUCAGUUAGGUCAUGAAACGUCGGAGGAAAGAGUACCCUAAAUUCUUACAAUGGGAUCUGAAAUUCGAGGUUUAGGAGAAAGAGCUAUUCACAUGCUUGCUGAGAUGGUCUGUUCUAUUGAGCUGAGAUAAGUAGCCUCUCUUCUCUCUCUCUUGAAUCUCACCCUCUCUUUUCCUAAGUUUCUCUCUGAUCUUACUUACUCAAGGAGGGAAGAAGCUAAUGAUUGAUCGAUAUUAGCGUCUUAAGGGAUGUUGUACUUCUUUGUUUUCGUGUUUUUACACCCUUUUUUGUUCUUAUGGGUCGUUUCUGGGUUUUGAAAGGAAACAAAGAACAGGCAAUGUAAAUUGAGAAGGCAUGAAGCUUUGCUUGCUUAGCUAGCUCGCUCUCCUCCCCUCCUUUCUGUAUAUUACUUCUUUCGUUUUUUUUUUUUUUUUUGACGUUUUGUAGAAGAAGAAUCUCUUACUCGUCCGGAAUGUAAGACAUUUUGCUCUCCUUUCCCCCUUUACCCUUCUCUGUUAAUCUCUCGUUUAUUAUCGACGUGUCUUUGUUCUUUGCUAAUAAUGUGGUAGAUCCGUGUUGCUAUCAUCCUCGUGGGCUUCUCUGGC